UAAACAUACACGAACAAACAUACAUCAUCAAAACACCACAGCAGAACAUGGCAUGCAGUGUGACAAUUGGAAAACUUUCCCUUUUUCAUCUUGCACGAGUCGGUGUCCGAAGUUGUUUGGUAUCACAAAUCAGAUUGAUGUGCACGACUACAGAAGGAAGAAAUAAUUCAAGUAAUGGAAAUUCCACUCAUGAAGAGAAAGAGCAUAUUUACCAGGAUCAUGAGGAAGAAGAAGUAGAAGAAAGAAUAUUGAGAGCUGGAUUGUCAUUUGUACCAGAGUAUGGAUGGACUAAAAAAUCGCUUGCUGAAGCAGCCAUAUUGGAGGGUUAUCCCAGUGUCCUGCAUGGAAUGUUUCCAAGGGGAGGCGGAGACCUUUUACAUUAUUUUGUGAGGCAUUGUAAUAAAGAGUUGGUAGUUAAACUCUGUCGGGAAGCAAAGGAGAGGGAGGAGACAUCAGAAAAGAAAAACACCACUGAAAUUCUGCAAGAUGCAAUAGAAACCAGACUAAGGAUGAUUACACCAUAUAUUGACACAUGGCCUCAGGCAAUGGCACUAACAGCACUACCUGAAAACAUAACUGAACAUUUCAAGAAUCUCGGGCUACUCAUGGAUGAUAUGUGGUUUUAUGCUGGAGACCGCUCCACAACAUUUAGUUGGUAUACCAAAAGGGCUAGUCUAGCAGUGGUCUAUAAAUCAGCAGAGCUGAGUCUAGUUCAGGACCAAUCUUUUGACUUCGAAGAUACAUGGGCUUUCUUGGAUCGAAGGUUGGAAGACGCUGCAACAUUUGGCCAUUUUGGAAUGAUGCUGGGUGAAUUUACUCGUAAUUUUGGUGUCAACGUUACUGCAGCAUUUGAAAUCUCAAGAAAUAUGGCUGGAUUGAACAGCAGAAACAGAUGAUUUCAGAAAGCUUCUAGACUGACAUGUCAUAAUGACAUCAAUACUAUCAGUUACAUCGGCUAAAGCUAGAGGCCUUAAGAUAACCACCAUUGAUUUGUAGUGAGAUGACAAUCAUGCUUCAAAUUACAAGUAUUUUAGGGCUGUGGUACGUGUACAAUGUAGCUACCCAUUGAAUAAACAUACAAGUGCUUAUCAGCCAUGACUGGAGUAUCAGCUUAGGUGAAGUGUAUUUAAACACAAGAUUUCCAUGCUGCGUGUCUCAUACCAUGCUAUUGUAGAGUGUGCAAGGACUGAAUAAAUAAAUAUUUUUUUUCUU